GCAGAGGACGCCGCGGGGGCAACAGUUUCAGACUCAUGGCCCGAACGAAGCAGACUGCGCGCAAGUCGACGGGUGGCAAGGCGCCGCGCAAGCAGCUGGCCACCAAGGUGGCUCGCAAGAGCGCACCCGCCACUGGGGGCGUGAAGAAGCCGCACCGCUACCGGCCCGGCACGGUGGCUCUUCGCGAGAUCCGCCGCUACCAGAAGUCCACUGAGCUGCUAAUCCGCAAGCUGCCCUUCCAGCGGCUGGUGCGCGAGAUCGCUCAGGACUUUAAGACCGACCUGCGCUUCCAGAGCUCGGCCGUGAUGGCGCUGCAGGAGGCUUGCGAGUCUUACCUGGUGGGGCUGUUUGAGGACACCAACCUGUGUGCCAUCCAUGCCAAACGGGUCACCAUCAUGCCUAAGGACAUCCAACUGGCACGCCGUAUCCGCGGGGAGCGGGCCUAGGAGGGCCAUCUCGCCACCUGAGAGGUUGCGCAACGUUCACCCCAAAGGCUCUUUUAAGAGCCACCCACCUGGUCGGAAGAGUUGCUGUAGCAAGCCAGGCUCUUGGGUUUCGGGGGAUUCCUUCCGCUGGCCGGUGCCGGCUUACCUACUUCUGAUUAGGGUGGGAGGCUGGCGAAUCCUGUGUUCACCCUGUCCAGUUAGGAGGCCAGCUACUCACACGCGUUACCUCUCAGCCUGUCUCCAGUUACAAAUCCAGUUAGUAGUGUGUGGGGCUAACUUGGCCUAUCCCUUUAGAUAAGAAUCAUGGUUGAUCUGUUUUGGGGACGGGGUGUUGAGGGUAGCCUAACUGGCCUAUCUCCAGUUAGGUAAGCAACCCCAGCUAGUUGUGUCAACUCAGCCUAUCUACAGUUAGGUUGGAAGGCUGGCUGGUCUUGCGUGUUCUCAACUCAGCCUCUUUCAAAUUAGGUUACAAGUCCUGCGUGGGUGUGUGUGUACACGCAGCUUGUUUCCAGUGAGGUUACCAGUCCAGCUAGUCUUCUGCCUUGACAGCCCAUCUGUUAAGGCCAGCAAGUAGUAUGUAUUAUCUUGGCCUAUUUUCAGUUGGAAGUCCAGCUACUUCACCAGCAUAGCAGCUCACGCCUGUAAUCCCAGCACUUUGGGAGGCCGAGGCGGGUGUAUCACCUGAGGUCAGGAGUGCCAGACCAGCCUGGCCAACAUGGUGAAACCCCAUCUCUACUAAAAAUACAAAAUUAGCCGGGUGUGGUAGCGCAUGCCUGUAAUCCCAGCUACUUGGGAGGCUGAGGCAGGAGAACUGCUUGAACCCAGGAGGCGGAGGUUGCAGUGAGCCAAGAUCGUGCCACUGCACGUAGCGUGGGCAACAGAACGAGACUCCAUCUCAAAAAAAACCAAAAAAAACAAAAAAAGUCCAGCUACUUGUGUGUGUUAACUCAGCCUACCUCCUGUUAAUUUAGAAGGCUGGCUAAUUGUGUAUCUUGUUAACUUGGGCUAUCUCCCAUUAGGUUAGAAGGCUGGCUAGGAGUGUGUGUGUGAGUGUGUGCGCGUGUGCCCAUGUGCACACACAUGUGUAGCUGUGGUGUUGGCCCAUCUCCGGUUAGAAGUCCAUCUCAUUGUAUGUGUUAACAUACCCAAUCUCCCAUUCAGUUAAAAGGCUGGCUAGUCAUGUAUGUUGUGAAUUCACCCUAUCUUCUGUUAGGGUAGAUGACUAGCUAGUUGUGUGUGAGAAGCCCAGCUAGGCGUGUGCAUUGUUAAUUCAGCCUGAGUGAAAUCAAUACCGGGAAACCUCAGCCUAAAGUGCAAAGAGGGCACUCUGCCCUGGAAGUCAGUUUACCGAGCAGUCGCAGACAGGGGUGGCCCAUGUGCCUGGCACUUUGAAACAGGCUUCCCAGUGCCACAAAGUAGUCUGGCAGUGCUCUGGGGAUGAGAGACACAGAGACCAAUUUGCUGAGAAAUCCUACAGCUAGGGCAGCAGGCCACAGAUCCAAUAGUAGAAUUAUGUCGGGAAAACCUGAGGAUGGCUGUGAGGGUAAGGAUGUAGGGACUGUCUCCCUCUGGUACAGGUUGGAAUCAUUUAUUUGUUAAAGGCUUUAUUAAACUGAAUGAAGCCAAGUACUACCCCUUGCUGGGAUCAUGGAGGGAAUAAAAUCCAUUUCCUGUGGCUGCUGCCCACUCUGCUUUCAAGGUGCUUAUGCUUGAGUGAAGGGGGCCUGUAUUGUGUGUAGAAGCAACGAUAGUAAAAGGUGCUCUUAUACAUAGCAAGGGGUGUGCAUAAAAUGCUAUCAAUAGGCAACAGUGGAUUUUAUAAGUCUCUUUGAACCCAAUUUAUAGGCUGUUGACUCAAAAUUCAAAAGCUUCAUCAAUUUAUUAGUACACACACAACUGAACAUCAUACCUUUUCAAUCUCAGGAUGUAUUUAAACUUAUGAGUGCCAGAUCCUUGGAGGGCUAUCCAGAAAGCCUAGAAUAUUCAGGGACAGCUGUGUUCUGGUUUUGAAAGUCAGCUCUGACUUUCAAUACUAGACUCCUUUGGGAUAAAUUUAAGUUUUCCCUCGUGUUUUGUUUUUUCAGAGACAGGGUCUUGCCAUGCUGCCCAGGCUGGAGUACAGUGGCUAUUCACAGACGUGAGCAUAGUGGCCAGCCUUAAACUCCUGGGCUCAAGCCAUCUUCCUGCCUUAGCCUCCUGAGCAGGUGAAGUUCAAGUCUUCUGUGCUUUACAAAGCCCUUGUCCUGACAAAGUCUUGCCCAGUGGUGGAGAGCUAAACCUAUGUAACCUUGCUGAUGAUCUUGCUGGGUAGCCUGGAGGGAGCAGGAAUUUGGGCAGUUAGCUACAUUUGCGGAACUGGAUGCAGAUAACGCACUCUUGACAGGAUCAUGAUCAAGCUUUGCCUUCUGUAGGAGACCAAGCCACUUGAGCAGCCCCCUGUCAUUCUGGUCUUUGUAUGAAGAACAGAGUCUAAGUUAGGCAGUGUGGCGCAUGCCUGUAAUCCUAGCUACUGGGGAGGCAAGAGGAUGGCUUGAGCCCAGGAAUUUUUGAGGCCAAUCUGGGCAACAGACCCUGUCAAAAACAACAACAACAACAAAAAACAAAAAAAAAAAAACCAAAAAAAAAAAAACAAGAGCUUGGCCUUAAUGUUCCUUGUUUUUACUGUUUAAUGGAGUGGAUAGUGCACGAAUUGAUGCCUAUAAAGAUACAACAAGGCAACACAGGGCAAUUUGUAUGUCAGAACUGAUUGCUGAGGACCUAAGGUGAGGAGCUAAGGAAAGAAGUUUAGACACAGGAAAAAAGUAACUGAAGUCUUUCUGGGUCAUGUGAGUACUUGAGGAAGCCUUUCCAGCCAGGCAUUGUGGCUCAUGCCUGUAAUCCCAGCUUUUUGGGAGGCUGAGAUGGUAGGAUUUCUUGAGGCCAAGGAGUUCAAGACCAGCCUGGACAACAUGGCAAGACUCUGUCUCUACAAAAAAUACAAAAAUUAUCUGGGCAUGAUGGCGUGUGCCUGUGGUCCUAACUACUUAGAAGGCUGAGGUGGGAGGAUCGCUUGAGCCCAAGAGUUCCAGGUUACAGUGAGCAGUAAGCUGUGAUCACACCACUGCACUCCAUUCUGGGCAACAGAGCCAGAUUCUUACAAUUAUGACCAGAGCCUUUGCUUCUGUAUCUUGUGGGUUCUAACAAUGUGAGAUAGUAACUGAAAUGUGGAUAUCUGUUCACUGUGUACUCAACUCUUCAAGCGCAUAUACACUAUGGAGGCAGCCUGAGCAUGCAGUGUUUAUAAAAGUGGAAUGAUAUUGGUUCUAAAUAUCAAAAAGUUAAAAUUCCAGAAAUAAACAAUAGAAAGGAGAGUUAGGCAUUAAGAGAUAGUGCCAUGGACCUUGGUGGACUGAACAAAGGAGGACAAACAAGGGAAUAAAGACAAAGACAAAAGAGUAUAUUUGGAAAAAGGGGUCAGGGGACUCCUUGCUUCUAGUGAACAAGGGCCCUGAGUUUUUGGAGCCCUUCGUAUUUAUUGAGUAAAGGAGACAGGGAGAAGGGGGUGGUUGUGGUCAGCUGCUUGACUUAGUGCAGGCCUGCAUGACUGCAUUCUUUGAACAGUAGGCUCCAGAUGUCCCAGUAGAUAACCUCAAGGAGCACAGAGCCAGGGAAUGAGGCCCUCAGUGUGCCUUCUGGCAGCAGGCACAGAUGCGAGUUUACCUGCAUUCAUGAUAAACAGUUUGCUGUUUAGUCAUAUAGCCUCCAGUGGAAUGCUGAGUUGGUCACGACCCUCAGGCUUUCAGCUCCCAACAAGAUAGCAGAAUAAACCUCCCCAAAAUAUGCAGACUUGAUAUAAGAAUUAUUUUGAGCUGAAGGCACUUGAAGAACCGCAGGUGUAAGAAGGGCCCUCUGACCCCUUUUCCUGAAAGCAGGUGAUGAACCCUCCGUGGGAAAGGUGCUUGCCUCUACCUGGGGGAGAAACAGCAUGACUAGGCAUGGGGACUGAAGUGCAGCAAAAUAUAUGUAAACAGGCUUUGUUAAAAUAGCUCUUAUUGCCAGGUAGAGUGGCUCAUGCCUGUAAUCCCAGCACUUUGGGAGGCCAAGGCAGGCAGAUCACCUGAGGUCAGGAGUUCCAGACCAGCCUAGCCAACGUGAAACCCCGUAUCUACUAAACAAACAAACAAACAAAAUCAGCCGGGUGUGGUGGCAUGCACCUGUAGUCCCAGCUACUUGGGAGGCUGAGGCAGGAGAACUGCUUGAACCCAGGAGGUGGAGGUUGCAAUGAGCCACGAUCACAUCACUGCAUUCCAGCCUGGGUGACAGAGUGAGACUGUCUCUCAAACAAACAAACAAAAAUAGCUCUUACCUUUCCCAGCCUCCCCAGGUAUUUCAGUUGCUUUCUCACAAUUACUACCCUUUGUUCCAUCCAGUGGAUAAGCACUUAGGCCUAACUACUCUUGAGGUCUUCAUUUUGCUGUGAAGGCUCCCAUGUACAUGUAAAAAUAAAAUGUGUAUGCUUUCUCCCAUUAAUCUGUCUUCUUUCGUUUUAGUCUAUGCAGGCUGCCAUAACAAAAUGCUGUGGGCUUGGUGGUUUAUAAGUGACAGGAAUUUAUUGUUCACAGAUCUGGUGGCCGGCAAGUCCAAGGUCAAGGUGCCAACAGAUUCAGCUUCUGGUGAGAUUCUGCUUUCUGGUUCACAGACAGGGCCUUCUCACUGUGUCCUCAUGUGGUGCAAGGGGUAAGGCAAAAAUAAAUCUCUGGAAAGGCACCAAUCCUAUUCAUGAAGGCUCCACCCUUAUGGCAUAAUUACUUUCCAAAGAACUCCAUCUCCUAACACCAUCACCUUGGAGGUGAGGAUUUCAAAAUGUGAAUUUUGGAGACAGACUUUCAGUUCAUAACAAUCUGGAUUUGUUUUUCUGUGGCUCAGUGGACUCGCCUGUUGAGUAGUCUACAUUGAAGACAUAAAGAGGCCAUGGCUCUCUUACCCUAUUUUCAAGAGCCCCUCUUCUUUUCCAUUUAAUUCAGCAUAUUUUAAAUUGUAUGAGCACUUAAAUUUUGCUCCCAAAUCUUUUCUACAAUGUUAACAACUUAGUGGGGGCUGCAUUCAGUAAGGGCAAAGAAUAUUUACCUUAUAACAGUGUUAAGACUUGUGUUUCAAGACUGACAUUGCUGAUCCUUUGCUUAAAUAACUUGAAAAAAAAAAGACAACCCACAGCAGUGUUAUUUAAUUUAAGAAUUAAAUUCUUAAAGUGGAAUUCAACUUAAGAAUUCCAAAAGAAUAUAUAGUGAAAAUUGAGCCUCCCUCAGUUAGGGGGUUCCUCAGCCCUUAAUUUCCCUCAUCAGAUGGAGUUUCUUGUAUAUUUCUUGUAUAUUUUCCAAGAGAUACAUAUACAAUAAUUAUGUUUACCUAAAUAGUGGCAGACUACAUAUAUUCUACAUCCUGCCUUUUAUUAAACCUAACAAUUUAUCAGGACACAUAACUGCUAUCUGAUUUUUUCUUAAUGACUUGAGGAUAUGAAUGUUGUUCCAAUUGUUUUAUCAUGAUGAUAGAUUUCUCAGCUCAAUAACCAGGUGAGCCUAAAGAACAUUAAUAAUGAGCAUCCUGGGCUGAUGCCACAUUUUAACAAGUAUUUGUUGAAUUCCCCGCAUCAUGCUAGUAUAGGGGGGAGACUGAAUUAAACCAAAGACAGACGAACAGGAGAAAGGCAGCCACAUUGUAUUGAUCUUAAUAUUUUUAUGUGCAUGGGGUGUACAGGAAAGAAGUGAAAACCCAAAGAAGUUGUUAGGCUCAGCCGCUUGUAAACCAUUUGUAACAAAGGAUGAUAAAGUGUCAGCAGGUGACUAGGGCAUGUGUGGUGCUAUGUAAGAUACAUAUAUAUUCAAUUUCUCCCCUAAUUCUGUGAUUCCAUUUUCCCAAUUGAAGGAAACCUGCAGCUCACAAUCCCUUCACUGAUGCAAAUAACAGGCAGAGGAUUGGGUCUGCCCAAUCCCCAAUUUAUUGGGGAAAAUAAAUCUUGGGCCCCAAAAUCACUAGCUAAAAGGAAAAGUCAAACUGGGAACUGCUUAGAGCAAACCUGUCUCCCAUUCUAUUCAAAGUCAUAUAUCUGCUCACUGAGAUAAAUGUAUAUCUGAUUGCCUCUUUUGGAAAGGCUAAUCAGAAACUCAAAAGAAUGCAACCAUUUGUCUCUUAUCUACCUAUGACCUGGAAGCCCCCUCUCCACUUCCAGUUGUCCCGCCUUUCUGGAUGGAACCAAUGUUCAUCUUACAUAUAUUGAUCGAUGUCUCAUGUCUCCCUAAAAUGUAUAAAACCAAGCUGUGCUUGGACCACCUUGGGCACAUGGCUGUGUCAUGGGCGUGUGUCCUUAACUUUGGCAAAAUAAACUUCCUAAUUGACUUAAACUAGCCUCAGAUAUUCUGGGUUCACAAGGGUAAUUCACUUAAUCGGCCAGUGUGCACGGCCAGCCCGCACCUGACAGCACACAGACCCCUUUGUGUGUGCGAGUGAUGAGAGACCACGGAAGAAACACUCCACCGAGUGAGCCCAGGGAAAGCCAGCCAUCUAUGCCUGUGGCCAGCUGUCUACACUCGCACACCCAGGAGAUCGCAGAAUGGUGCCUCUUAGCCUUCGAGGCCCUGUUUUCCUGCCCUCCUGCACCCCCUGUGUGGGCCAAGUCUUAGUUUCUUCAUCUGUCCUCUCUCCAAUCCCAGGACUCUGACUCAGGGCACGCAGGCCUCUGGCUCCUUUUCCUGAAAGCAGGAGAUGAACCCUCCAUGUGAAAGGUGCAUCCCUCUACUGGAGGAUGAAGUGUGAUGACUAGGAGUAGGGACUCAAGGCCAGGAGAAAUGGCCACCAGCCAGGAUGUGGGCAGGGCUGGGGGCGGCAUUUUGGCUGAAACCGUAAGAGACUUUUACACCAGAGCGACUCCAUCUUGUAUAGAGGCUGGGUAAAAUAAGGCUGAGACCUGCUGGGCUGCAUUCCCCAGAGGUUAGACAUUCCAAGUCACAGGAUGGGAUAGGAGGUUGGCACAAGAUACACGUCAUAAAGACCUUGCUGAUGAAACAGCAUGUGGUGAAGAGGCCGGCAAAAUCCCACCAAAACCUAGAU